AUGGGGCCAAUGGUUACAGCGUUCAAAUUCGCAAAGAAUCUUGACGAAGUAUCCCUUGAACAACUCAUCAGUGCGUUAAGAAGUCAUGAUAUUGAGCUCGAUGCAAAUGAGCCUCAAAAGAAAGGUAAGACUAUAGCUCUUAAAUCUGUUAAAAAAUCUGAAACUAAUGCUUUGCAGGCUAAGGAAGAAUGCUCAAGGGAGUCCAGAUCAGAGGAAGAAGACGAGCUGUCUCUUCUAUCUAGAAGAGUGAGAUAUGGUACUCACAUGUUGGCUGAGGAGGCUAAUGACAGGUGGGUUGCUACUAAAGCUGAACUAGAUGCUGAUGGUGGAGCAAUUACUUGGGAUGUAUUCAAAAGGGAAUUUCUAAGGAGAUACUUUCCUGAAGAUGUUCGGGGAAGGAAGGAGAUCAAUUUUUUGGAGCUAAGGCAGGGUAAUAGGACUGUUCCUGAGUAUGCUUCUAAGUUUGUGGAAUUGGCUAAGUACUACACCCACUACAACAAUGAUGAGGCAAAUGAAUUCUCGAAGUGUAUCAAAUUUGAAAAUGGUCUACGGGAUGAGAUUAAGCAAGGUAUUGGAUAUCAGAGGAUUCAUAUUAAGGUGAAGUCAGCUCAUUGUCGCGAGUUGGUUGACGAGAGAGAAAGUCAUAUCAGUCCACAGUGCACUAAGCCAAGGAAGAAUCAAGCUGGUGGUAAAGUGUUUGCUUUGUCUGUGUCAGAUACUACUCUUGAGGAUCGAUUGACUAAAGUAACUACUUUGUUUGCUUGUUUGAAUUCUCUGAUUGACAUUUUUGGUAAGGAGUUCAUAAUGGACUUAGUGUGCCUUCCGUUGGAACAACUUGAUACUAUCUUGGGAAUCAACAGGUUGGAAUUCAACCAGAUUCAUAUCAAUUAUUUUACGAAGACGGUUAUUUUUCCUGAAGCCGUUGGUGUUGAGGACUUGGCGAUAACUGCUAGACAAGUGGAUGAGGCGGUUAAAGACGGGGCUAUUGUGUUUAUGUUGUUUGCAUCAAUGGAAGUGAAAAAAAUGCGGAUCUUUAAUCCUUAUCUUAAUAAGUUCGUUGUGGUGUUUAUCGACGACAUUAUGAUAUAUUCCAAGAGUGAAGAAGAUCAUGCGAAACAUCUAAGAGUUGUAUUAGAAUUGUUGAAAAAGAAGAAGCUUUAUGCUAAGUUGUCGAAGUGUGAGUUUUGGUUAAGUGAGGUUACUACAUAA